AUGAAUAAUUCAGAAAAAGUUGAUAUGCUUUUUGUUUACUGGGAAUGUGAAAAAAAUUCACGUCAGGCUGCGCGUGCUUAUGUUGAACGUUAUCCAAAUAGGGAACACCCGUCACAUAGUUAUUUUCAUAAGUUAGAAAGGAAUUUAAGAAAUACUGGUUCUUUUUCUAAUACAAGAGUUAUUGCCAACCAACAACCUAGACAAGUUAAUGCAUUAGGGGAAGAUAUUGAGCUUCAAGUGUUGGCAUACGUAAGAGCAAAUCCUAGAGUUAGUACGCGUCAUGUUGGCUUUGAAAUAGGUAUUUCUCAUAAUGCCGUUCAUAAAAUUUUAAAAAAACAUAAAUUUCAUCCAUACAGACCUGAUUUAGUGCAACACUUACGCCAAGGUGAUGCUGAGCGUAGGAUUAUGUUUAUUUCUUGGUUGGUAACUCAAUUAGAAGACAAUCCUAUUAUUUUAAAUUACAUAUUAUGGACAGAUGAAUCCAAAUUCACCAACAACGGAGGAACAAAUGUUUGGUGUGGCUUGAUUGGAGGUAAAUUGUUGGGACCUUAUUUCUACGACGGAACAUUAAAUGGAAGACGGUACUUAGAAUUUCUAAUUAAUGAGCUACCGAUCAUGCUAGACGACAUUCCUCUUGCAACAAGGAACAAUUUGAUUUUGCAACAAGAUGGAGCCCCAGCACAUAAUGCGAUCGUCGUGAAGAAUUAUUUAAAUGAACAUUUUGAAAAUCGUUGGAUAGGAACUAAUGGUAUAAUAAAAUGGCCACCUCGAUCCCCAGAUCUUACACCACUAUAUUACUUUUUGUGGGGACAUCUAAAAACUGUCGUCUAUGCAAACCCACCUACUAAUCUUAUUGAUUUGAAACAAAAAAUAAUUGUGGCGUGUAACCAACUUACUGAAGGGCAAAUUUCAUCUGCAACAAAUAAAGAAUUUCUACGGAGGACAGAAGCAUGUUUAAAUUAUAAUGGAGAGCAGUUUGAACAAUUCAUAAGAUAA